CUCCCCCGUCCCAGGCCCUCUGACCCUUCCCAGGCUCAUUCCCGCGCUGCCCGCGCUGCCCGCCCGGCUCUGAGGCGGGAGCUUCCUGAGGGCUGAAGGAGCUGCAGUGCGUUCAGCUGCCGGAGAAGCCGCCCAGAGGAGAAACACCGAGAACCAGCUGCGAGGGCCCUUUAAAUGGCCAAGCCCCACCCCUGAGCCUGCCCUGCCGGGAAGUGAUCCCUAGGGCCUGGCCACGGAGUUUCCCCAUCCGAGGGGUCUCAGACGGCGGGCACUCUUCCAGCCUGCUGCCUUGGCCUCAGGAGUCACCAUGGCAACCGAAGAGUCCAUCAUCCGCAUCCCCCCGUACCACUACAUCCACGUGCUGGACCAGAACAGCAACGUGUCCCGCGUGGAGGUCGGGCCAAAGACUUACAUCCGGCAGGACAAUGAGAGGGUCCUGUUUGCCCCCUCGCGCAUGGUGACUAUCCCUCCACGCCAUUACUGCACAGUGGCCAACCCCGUGUCCCGGGACCCCCAGGGCUCCGUGCUGUUCGAUGUCACAGGGCAAGUCCGGCUCCGCCACGCUGACCUAGAGAUCCGGCUGACCCAGGACCCCUUCCCCCUGUACCCGGGGGAGGUGCUGGAAAAGGCCCUGGGCCCGAGCAAUGUGGUCUUUGGGCCUGAGCUGGUGUCACUGGGUCCUGAAGAGCAGUUCACCGUGUUGUCCCUCUCGGCCGGGAGGCCCAAGCGUCCCCAUGCUCGCCGUGCGCUCUGCCUACUGCUCGGGCCUGACUUCUUCACAGAUGUCAUCACCAUCGAAACCGCGGACCAUGCCAGGCUGCAGCUGCAGCUCGCCUACAACUGGCACUUCGGUGUGAGUGACCGGAAGGACCCUGAAGAGACAGCCAGGCUCUUCUCAGUGCCGGACUUCGUGGGUGACGCCUGCAAGGCUAUCGCGUCCCGGGUGCGGGGGGCCGUGGCCUCCGUCACCUUCGAUGACUUCCACAAGAACUCCGCCCGCAUCAUUCGCAUGGCUGUCUUUGGCUUUGAGACCCUGGAAACCAAGGGGCCGGACGGCAGGGCCCUGCCCCAGCCCCGGGACCGGGCCAUCUUCCCCCAAAACGGACUGGUGGUCAGCAGCGUGGACGUGCAGUCGGUGGAGCCCGUGGACCAGAGGACCCGGGAUGCCCUCCAGCGCAGUGUCCAGCUGGCCAUCGAGAUCACCACCAACUCCCAGGAGGCAGCUGCUAAGCACGAGGCUCAGAGACUUGAGCAAGAAGCCCGCGGCCGGCUUGAGAGGCAGAAGAUCUUGGACCAGUCCGAAGCUGAAAAAGCUCGCAGGGAACUCUUGGAGCUGGAGGCUCUGAGCACCGCCGUGGAGAGCACGGGGACUGCCAAGGCGGAGGCCGAGUCGCGCGCAGAGGCCCUGCGCAUCGAGGGAGAAGGCUCCGUGCUGCAGGCCAAGCUGAAAGCAGAGGCCUUGGCCAUUGAGACGGAGGCUGAGCUCCAGCGGGUACAGAAAGUGCGAGAGCUAGAACUGGUGUACGCCCGGGCCCAGCUGGAGCUGGAGGUGAGCAAGGCCCAGCAGCUGGCUGAGGUGGAGGUGAAGAAGUUCAAGCAGAUGACAGAAGCCCUGGGCCCCAGCACCAUCAGGGACCUCGCAGUGGCGGGGCCAGAGAUGCAGGUAAAACUGCUCCAGAGCCUGGGCCUGAAAUCGACCCUCAUCACCGACGGCUCCACUCCCAUCAACCUCUUCAACACAGCCUUAGGUCUGCUGGGGCUUGGCUCGGAGGGCCUGCACCCGGCCCAGAAGGCGACUGGCCUGCCGGGCCCCCGGGACAGCUUGCUUCUCCAGCCGGCUCCCGCCCCUCAGGCCCCUGGGGGCAACCACGUCGUACCUUAGCUCGCUGCUGCACUCAUGAAUAAAGCAC